AUGAACAUUCUCUUCCUUUGCACGGCGCACAACUCGUUGUCGCAGCGUCUGUACUUGGCCCUUUCUAAGUCUCACACCAUCACCAUCGAAUAUGCCCUCUCAGACGAAGCCAUGAUUGAGGCGUCCAGGUUGGCCAAGCCCAAUCUCAUUAUCUGCCCAUUCCUCACCACUCGGGUCCCUCGCGAAGUCUACGAAAAUUACCUUACCCUCAUCAUCCACCCCGGCCCUCCUGGUGACGCUGGACCUAGCGCCUUGGACUGGGUGCUGAUGGGCGACGACGGAACCGAGGCAGACCCCGAGGCCCUUAUCCGGGACGGCACAUGGAGCGAGUUCGGUCGAUCGUACUGGGGUGUCACAGUCCUUCAAGCCGUUGAGGAAUUCGACGCCGGACCAGUGUGGGCUUUUGAGCAGUUCCCCUUGCAAAUCGACUCACCCGACAUCACAAAGUCGAGCAUUUAUCGUGGUCCCGUCACGCGGGCCGCUCUCACAGCCACCCUCGCAGCCAUUGAGAGGAUUCAAACCGCCUCUGUUCAAGCAGCUUCACCCUACACCCCUCCCCCUUCGCCGGGCAAUGAGAAGUUCGCCCCGCACCUUGUCACCCCGCUCAUCCAAGCAAAACCCGCAUACCGCGACGCCUCAGUGACACUGCAGAAAGCCUUCCUUGGCGGAGUAACACGUCACCGUCCCCUUCUCAAAGCCGCUCAACGCGAUUUUGACAUCCAGUCACACACGGCUCGGGAAAUAUCGCGAAGGAUCCGAUCUUCGGACUCCCAGCCGGGCUGUCUGACCAAACUUUUUGGCCCAGCCCUGUACGUCUACGGCGGUACUAUCGAGGAGGGUGACGACCUCACCGGCCCGGCACGCCCCGGACAAAUCAUUGCCUACCGAGACGAUGCUGUUUGCGUUGCGACGUGCGACGAGAAGGCCGUUUGGAUCACUCACAUCCGCCGCGUCAAGAAGAAGACGGACGCCAUGUUGUGGCCCAAGGUUCCAGCCAUCUCCGGCCUGCGGGAGCUGGGCAUCAUCACCACCGACGCCGUCGCAGAGAACCGCAUCUCGAGGGCCACCAUUGACUGGUCACGAGCCCCGCACAGCACUCAGCAGGAUGUUUGGGUCGACUUUCAGACCUUUCCUGGUGCCAGGCGGGUUGCGUUCCUCUACUUCGACUUCUACAACGGCGCCAUGAGCACGGAGCAGUGCGCCCGCAUGAUUGGCGCCCUUGACUUCAUCACAUCCACCCAUGUCGUGGAACGGCCCCUUAGCGCUGUUGUGCUCAUGGGGGUGAAGGGUACUUCAGCAACGGCAUUGCAUUGA